UGUUAUUAUGCAAUAUUAUUAUCAAUUUCAGUAUUAUCUUAGAAUUUAAUUAGUCCAUCCCAAAACUUCAUAAUACAACAUUGACAGUAGUUGGAAAUUGUUUUAAAUGUCAUUUUUAAUGUAUCAAAAUAUUUUUUCUAUUAUAAUGCACUUUUUCUUAUAUCUGUUUAAUAAUUUUGAAAUUUGAUUAUUUUUUAAGUUGUAUUUUAUCAUAGUAUAUUAUAAAAUCUGUAGUUAGUAUAAGCAAAAAAUAUUUUAAGGUAGGUAUGUCAAAAAACUGUUUAGUUAUGGUAUUGUCAGAAAGCGGUCUAAAAAGAGACAACGGUGAACAAAUUGUUAAUGAUUCAUUUUAUUGCCCAGUUUUGGGUUGUAAGUACAACUUACAUUUUGGUCAAUCUAUAAAAUCUUUUAAAACUCAAAAACUUCUCAAACAACACUGUAUCAAAGUACAUUCUGACAAAAAAUACAAAUGUGAUAAUUGUGAUAAAGGUUUUCCUUUAGAAUCAACAUUAAAAUCGCAUCGUAUAACAUGUGGAGUAAUAUAUUCUUGUUAUUGCGGGAUUCAAUACAAAUCUCCAGAAGCAUUUCUUACUCAUACGAAACGAAAACAGCAUAACAUUGGAUUAGGAUAUUCAACUAUUAUGAAAUUUUUGAAGACAAGAAAAUUGUUGCCAAAUACAGAUGAUUUACAAGAAUUAGAAUCUAGUAAAAGAUCUACUCAGACACAAACUGUUCCUGAUAUUCAAACCUUAUCAGAUUCGUCAACUCAGACUACAUUUGAAAAUAAGGAUUGCAUGUUAAGAUACAAUGAUCCAAAACUCUCUUCUGCUACUUCUAGUCCAAUAAGACGGCUAUGUGCACAGACUCAAACUGAUCCUAUGGGUGACUUAAUUAAAAACGAUUCCGAUCCAAUGUUUUUAGAUUCAGAAACACAAACCAAUUUCGAAUAUUUAGAUAUCCAUACUCAGACUGCAGAAUCUGAAUGUUUGUUUGGUGAUUUAGAAUUCAUCAAUAUUCAAACACAGACACCUUUAUUUUAUGAUUCCAUUGACAUGGGAAAUGAUAAUUCUAUAAACACAAAUAUGAUGAUUUAAUUAAUAUCAGAAAAAAAAAUGUUGAGGGUACAUAGCAAAUGGAAUUAAAAUUUUUAAUUUAAUUAAGUUUCCUCUUUGACAGUAUUACAAA